GUUUUCAUCAUAUUUAAAUCGUGCACGAAUAAGAAUAUAAAUUCAAGUCUUCAUCUCUAUCAGUUUCACGAUAGUUGUUAUGGUUUUCAGAAGUAUUGGACCGUUUAGGGUCUAGCAGACUAUCAAAUUUCAAGUAUGAACUGAACCACUUCAGUACAGCAUAUGAAAUGAGAAUUCAAACGUAUGAUUAUGUGCAUAAAUUCACAUAAGGAACAGGGAGGCUGAAGGAGCUAGCCUAUAUACAGACCUGUUUCGUCUAAUUAAAGAAACAGAUUGGUAAAGAGGGACAGAAUUACGAUGGCGUCUAUAGAAGCAUUUAUUACGUCCCUAAUAUUCAACGUUGGUAUUACUCUUAUUAUCCUUGUAGUAUUCUGUAUUCUCCGUCCCCGCUUUGACUUUGUUUAUCAACCAAACUUCAAGAUGUUGACAGAAUGCCUCUCAAAGGAGAUCUCAGAGACAAAACGUGCGUUAUUGAGAAAGCUCGCAUUGUCAUCAGAGUUCUUUCGUUGGUUAACUCCUGCUUUUAAAGUCAGCAGGGACGAACUAUACGAUUUGGUUGGUUUUGAUGCAUUUGUCUACUUGAGAUUUCUGAGGUUAUGUUUCCGCAUCGCAGCAUUCUUAUUGCCAUACGCAGUGCUUGUUCUUAUUCCAGUCAGUGUAAAUGGUGGCAAUGAUCAAAAAGGAAUGGAUAUACUAACACUGGGAAACAUAACUCAAGAGUCAGAUAAACUUUGGGCACAUUUAAUAGGUGUUUGGUUAUUCUCCUUUCUCAUGUAUUAUUUGUUGUACACUGAGUGGCAUGUUUAUGUUGAAUAUCGUCAAAGAUAUCUGAAGGAGAAUAAAGAAAAUCAUUUUUCUGUUCUGGUAACACAAUUGCCUUCUGAGAUUGUAUCAAUUCAACAUAUACCACUUGAUGAGGAUCUAAAAAAACUAAUUGAGAAAAUUUUUCCAGAUCAGGUGGCCUUUUGCUAUGUGGUGGAGAAUACUGAAGAUUGGCAGGAACUUCUAAAAAAACAUGACGAUCUUAUUCUUAAACUUGAACGUGCAAAGGCAAUUCUUGAGGAAAAGGGCGAAAGACCUCAACACAGGGUUAAGCUAAUUAUUGGAAAUAAAACUGAUUCCAUUCAAUAUUAUGAAGAAGAACUAAAAAGUCUUCAAGAUAAAUUGAUGCAGCAAGACUCUGACGUUACAAGACGUGCAGUACCAGCGGCAAUAAUAACUUUUAAAACUCUUCGUGACGCAAGUAUUGCUACUCAGGUACUCUGGCAGGCAAAGCCCUAUCAUACCAUGGUCCAGCCAGCCCCAGAAUCACGUGAUGUCAUUUGGAAAAAUCUAGAGUAUCCAUUAUGGAACAGAUGGUUACGUUGGACAAUUAUUAGUGUUCUUCUGUUUUUUCUUGUGGUGUUCUGGAUGAUACCAGUAACCUUUAUUCAAUCUUUGGUCACACUUGAAAGUCUACAAAAGAAAGUCUCGUUUCUUCGCUUUGUGAAUGAUUUAAGCCCAGUGGUCGUGGGUUUAAUUGAGGGAGUGCUAUCUACCUUGGCUUUUGUUGUAUUUUUCGCAAUUCUUCCAAUGAUUAUGGAAUUCAUAUCACGCCAACAAGGCCUGUUAUCAUUGAGCGAUGUUGAUUCCUCGGUUAUCGAAAAGUUGUAUAUAUUCGCGAUUGUGAACAAAUUUCUCGGCUCUGUUCUUGCUGGGGCAUUUUUUGAUAAAGUACAGCAAAUUUUGGAUCAUCCCACAUCACUCCCAAAACUGCUCGCAAUGUCUCUUCCUGCUGUUGGAUCAUUUUUUAUAAACUAUGUCAUUCUUCAAGCAUUAACCGGCCAUGCAAUUAAGUUAUUACGCAUAGUUCCUCUCAUUAUGUGUAAUGUUAAAAAGAGAUGGUUGGCUAAAACUGAACGGGAACAAAAAUUGCUAUGGAGUCCUCCAACACCAAGUUAUGGCGAGAUGUAUUCAGAAGAUCUAUUUGUAUUCAUAAUUGGUGUUUGUUAUUGUGUGCAAGCUCCCAUUGUUCUUCCUUUUGUUUUGCUCUACUUUGGUUUUGGUUAUAUCGUCAACUUCUAUUUCAUGGUGUAUGUUACGCAGACUAAAUAUAAUGCUGGGGGUAAAAUGUGGUUUCCUGUUUUUAACAGGAUGGUGUUUGCUGUGGUUGUAUUUCAAAUUUUAAUGAUUGGGAUUUUUGCAUUAAAGAACAAUCCCACAGUUUCUACUCUCUCCAUUCCUCCUUUGGUCCUGACGAUCAUAUUUUACAUAUUUAUUAAUAUGUACUGGAAGAGAAUUGCUACAUUCAUGGAGCUGAUCACAUUUUCAUCACUGGAUGAUGACACGACCGUUGAUGAGGAAACUUUAAAGACUGCACAUGAGAAAUAUAUUCGCAACAAAAUUUUUCCACCGCUGUAUAGCAUGAGCACUGAUCACAUCAGUUGCGACGAGGCGGUAGAUGAUGACAACGAGAACAAACCUACAAAUGAACAGUUCGAUUCUUUACAAGUUACAACGAGUGUCUCGGACACCAUUGGUCUUGUCUGAGCAACUGGACCUUCCAAUAGACCUUUCUGAUAAUGAUGUCAAACGCUGGGCUUUGAUGUUACACGAAGUUUGAUUGGCUUCGGAAAACUAACUGCUUGGUCUAUCUUACCUUUUGUGUAAAGACCGAAUCAAUCACACGAGGAUGCAAGUCCAUCGCAAGUUUACUUGGUGUCACUUGCGUGAGACUGGUCAAACGAUAGACAAGUCAAUGCAAGUCUUCGCAAGUCAUCACAAGUAGACGGUUAAACGAGGUACAAGCAGGCACAAGCAAAAACUUGCGAUGACUUGCGUCCUCGUCUGAUCCGGGCUUAACAUCAGGCUUUCCGCGUGGACAUCAUUAUGACAAAGUCUAUUAAAUGUCUUAAAUGUUUAGACGAGAAAAGCAUUAUCUCGCAAAUGCAGAGGAAUUAUCGAUAUGGUUUAUAAAACUACAAUAUAGAAUAAGACUUGGUUUCACACCAGUACAAAAAUCAUCGUAGCUUUAUCUAGCCUUAUAGUAUUAAAAAACGUUGUGCACGAAGAAUGGAAAACCUUAAAACCUUGAAGAUUUCGGCUUAUUGCCAAAUGCAAAGAAAUCGUCUGUAGUUUUGUUCAAACUAUAUUAUAGAACUUGACUUCUCACAGCCACAGGAGUACAAAGGUAAAAAUGGAGCCAAUGGAACGAGUUGAUUAUGAGUCACUAUACCUGUUAUCUUUGUGCUUGGUGGCAAAUAUGUGCAAUUUCAAUUAUAGACAUUAUACGUUUACUCCUGUAAGGAG